UGCACUGGGCUCAGGCCCAGACAAUUGUCGAGGCGGUUGGGUUGAAAGACAGUCUGCUCGGGCCGCGUGGUCAAACUCAAUCGCCAGCUUUGUACCCCCUGUCGUGCUAUCAACCAGGACCCGAACCCGACCAAAACAAUGACUCGCCCAGCUGGCCGUGGCGAUUUCGAGAUAGCCAUCAUCUGCGCCCUCACAAUAGAGGCCGAUGCCGCAGAGGCUCUCUUCGACCGCCACUGGGGCGACGAAGGUCCUCCUUACGAUAAAGCCCCCGGCGACCCCAACGCCUACUCCACCGGGUACAUUGGCCGCCACAACGUCGUGCUAGCCCACAUGCCCGGCAUAGGGAAGGCCAAUGCUGCGCUCGUGGCGAGCAAUUGCCGAAACAGCUUCCCCAACAUCAAACUCGCUCUUGUCGUUGGCGUCUGCGGCGCAGCGCCGUUUGCGCCCAGCAACAAUGACGAGAUUGUGCUCGGCGAUGUCAUCAUAAGCGACGGCGUCAUCCAAUACGAUCUCGGACGACGGCUUCCCGAGGGCUUUGUGCGCAAGGACACUCUGCUUGAUUCUCUAGGGAGGCCCAACGCAGAGAUCCGUGCGCUUGUUGUGAAGUUGAAGGGUAUCCGCGGCCAAGCGACGCUUAAAAGAAAAAUGGCCAGCUAUAUGGAAGAACUCCAGAAACAGCCCGAGGUGAAAGCGGAGUAUCCAGGCCUCCAGCACGACCGGCUUUUUGAAGCCACAUACCGCCACGUCGGCGAUGGGAUGAUCUGUGAAGACUGUUGCUGUAGCGGUCGGUUAGUGUCCCGCUCUCGUCUCGCUCAGGGCAUACCGCAACCUGCUGUCCACUUCGGCUUGAUCGCGACUGGCGAUAUGGUGAUGAAAUCUGGGGAAGAACGUGAUGAGAUCGUACGACGGGAGGGAGCCAUUGGUUUUGAGAUGGAGGGAGCCGGGGUGUGGGACAGCUUCCCAUGCGUGGUGAUCAAGGGCGUUUGCGACUACGCGGACAGCCAUAAGACGAAGGUAUGGCAGCGGUACGCAGCAGCAACGGCAGCAGCAUGCAUGAAGUCUUUUUUGGACUAUUGGGUACCUUCGGUGACGAUCGGUCGAGUCCAGGAGCAUCCCACCGGCCCUUGGCUUCUCAUUCCACUCCCAAGACACGACGCAGGUGUCGGCCGGGGCGCCAUGCCCGUGGGCACUCUACAGGCAAUGGCCCCGCUCGUCGGUUUGGGCGGCAUGGGCGGAUUUAGAGUCGCUUUCCCGAACGAAGGAACGAUCUUCGGGGCUGCGAACUGCGGCUCGACUAGGCUUAAGGAAGUCCAUCUUGAUGCCAGAGACAUGAUGCCUCGCAUCGCCGACACGCAUUUCGACAAAAUCCUCGACAUCAUGAGGCCAAAAAGAUCACCUGAAAACGCACUCCAGAAACACAAGUCGAUCGCCAGGCGCUCCUCUCCCUGGAGGAGCCAGAACCGGGACACCCUCGAGCUUUUGCGGCGCGUCGGGCAGUGGGCUUCCGCACCCAAGUCGUCGUUGCUGGUCCUGCAGACGCAGCCGCGAGCCCACGCCCGGGUCAAGGAGAUGGCCAUCGAGCUGAUCGGAUUUCUGCGGCCGCAGUCCCCGAAGGUCAUCUGGUACCUAUCUGGCACGAGCAUCGAGGAUAAGUGCGCUUCCGCGGUCGAGGUCCUGCGUAGCCUGAUAUUCCAGUCCUUGAAGCUGGUGCCGGAGCUCGUCGCCUCGGAGCUGGGCAGCUUCUCCACGACCAAGCUGCGUGCGGCGCAUUCCGAGAACGAGUGGCUCGAUUUGCUGUGCAGCAUCCUGCAGCAUUUGAAUUCCUGCUUUAUCAUCAUUGAAGCAGAGGAUGUUUUCAGAAACGGGGGGUCGGUGCAACUCAUGGGACUGUUACAGAGGAUUGCUGACCGCUUCCGAGACUCGGGGGCUGCGAUCAAGCUCCUGGUCGUCAGCUACAAUCACACCUGGCCGAGCCCAGAUGAGUCAAGGUUAGAAGACAUGCCAACGGUACUUGUCGUCAACCGAGAAGCCCCUGUCCCUCCACGGCUUCGAAGACCUGGGGCACGUUCUGUGUUCCACGGGGCUGCCUGGGGCCGUACCCUGAGCCGGAAAACAACAUAAUUGCCGGCAAUAUGUCCGCGGUCAUAGCGGGCCCAGGCCGUUGCAAGACGCACUCAGACUAACCUGUCACAGGCAACGCCUGGCAAAGAGACAAUGGCUGCGGUGUGCCGCAGGUCGUCGAGGCUUAAAGCUACAAAUAGGAGAUAGAAGGUAGCGGAAGGGCAGCCAAAGGUCGCGCGAGGCGACUCGGAAGAAGAAGAAAACGGACCGCCGGGAUAUUCGGGGAUCUAGCGGGAAUGACAGUUGAUCCUUCCCAAAGGGUUGUGGACUCCCUACAGCUGACGGCGGAACGUCGAGCUGGCCUUUAUAGGCGACUGCGAGCCGUAUCGAGCUUCAGUUCUUCUAUGAUGGCGCCUGCGAGAUGGAGUGUCGGCAUCAGUCCUAAACUACACGGCGUGUGGUGGUCGGGCAGAGCUGCGCCGCAGUCUUCUCGGCUCUUCACCUGCCGCUUUAAAUGCACAGACGGGGACAUGAUACAGUGGCUUUUCUUUAGGCAGAGCGGUGUGUCCACUUGACAUGCACCGGCCUGGUGGCGAGGUAUGUUUUACGCGAUGGUGAUCGUCGUUUCGGUUUAUAUUGGGGUAGAAACAUCAACUUUACUCUAGAACAGGAAUUCCAUUCCCUUGUGUCCUUCUUCUUCCUCUUCAGCCGCCUCGGCCUCGCGCCC